ACAACAACAACUAUUACCUUUGAUUUUACCGUCAAAUGUCUUCGUUCUCUUUAACAAAAAUGAAUCAAGUUUGGCUGCUCUUCAGGGCUCUGGAGAUGAUAUUCGAAUCGAUCUGCAUGGCUAUUCACAUGGUGGCCUCGUUGCACUUUGCGGAGCCGAUGCCACACUGUCUCAUCUUUUGUGGCACCUUUAUCGGCUACCUGCUCCUUGCGUUCAUCCGUUGGGUGCGGCUCAUAAGCGGGCAGCGCACUCUGCUGCAUCCGGCUAUGUUUAUUAGCCUUUCCGGCAUGCUCUUGCAUUUCAUCUGUGCCUUGCUGUCCAUGAACUAUGCGGAAAAUGAUUUUCAUUUGAAAUAUAUGGGACCGCAAGAGGAGCUGGAUCAUGUAUUCUUCGGCUUCUGCAAGCAGCAGAGUGUGGUAUGCAUUGUAACUGGAGCAAUAUAUCUAAUGCAAUCCAUACUGUUGCUGGAUCUGAUUGUCAAGUUGACGCCAAAUGCGGACUUGAACCCAAUUCAAAUUAUCAGAGAGCCACCCGCUUGGGAUGAUUCGUUUAAGAAAAUGACCAAUGAAGAGCUUGAUAGCCUGGCCAGAACAACGGCAGAUAUAUAUUUUCUCGGCAAAAAAAUUGACUAUUGGCUGCGCGGCAAGUCCAAAUGGUUUCGCCAAUUAGCUGGUGGCCAGGAGAUGUUAGCGUUCAACAGGGCGAACGUUGAAAGUUAUGAUGUAUCUCAAACUCUAUCAAUUGAUAUCACCAUACGUGAAUUCAAAGAUGAGAUACCGCGCCAUUUGCCUAAUGAUUUAAAUGAAGAACCUAAAAGAGAUUUGGAACAAGCUAAGUCGUUAGGUGAUCUGCAGGAAGAUGUCGAAGAUGAAGAUGAGGAUGAAGAUGUUGCUGCAGACGACGAGAAGAAUAUUAGACGCUGACGACUCCUAACGAUUUAGUACGAAUAAACACGACUGCUCACGAAACACACGGCUCAACACGAGUCAGUUGAACUAACACGACUCAGUACGACUUUACCGAGCAUGCAAUCCACGAUCCAUGUAAUCCACACGACCUAACACGACACAGAACGAAUUAGCCAAGACAGUCAGAGAAGACAAUUAUUAUAUUUUUUUUUUCAAUAACAAACAAUUUUGUAUACUGAAUGUCUUUGUAGCAUGCGUAAAUUUGUAGCUCGUUUAAGAAAUAAACACGACUUAACAUGACUUAACCAGGGCAGCUGCAAAGGAGAAAUCAAUAUUAAAAGCAAAAGGAAAGGUUUGAGUCUUUUUGUGAAAUAAACCGACAAACGCUCAUCGCUAGCCCAUAAAUAGAAAA